UCAAAAAUAACAGCCACCAUUUAAAUCUUAAAUACUCCUGCGUUUUCCCUGUUUACAGAGUACGUGAAAAGGUCCUGCGACACGCCUGAUCCACUAUCUUCGUCUCGUGUAAGUUUCCCGUGAACCAGAUAAAACGAUGGGUUCCAGUGAGAGUAAACUGGCGUCACCAACGAAACCAGAACCAGCAAUCAAAAACCGACGGGUCACCGAUCUGAUCGAUCCGCGCUCUCCUUCCACAGUAAUUGACCGUACUCCCAUUCAGAUCGAUGGGCGUGUUGCAAAAACCGAGUGUCCCCUGACAUUCGCUGAUCCGCGCUCACCUACCGUUGGCGUCAGCCGCACCCCUGUCAGGGAGGUCAUGCGAGCGACAGUUGGGUCCUUUGCUCGCCGCCUGGGCAUGUUCUUGCACAAUGAGAGCGAAGGAAAACUCCCCAAAGCCCCCCAGAAAAGCUUCAGUGACGCCGUGGAGGAGGUGGUCCUGGAGGAGGACGAGGAGCUGGCUUCCGCCGAGCCCCUCCUCACCCUGCAGGCCUCCGCAACUGAGCAUGCUAACCCCCCGGCCACCCCUGUCCAGCCCCCUGUCAAAAAUGCGGGUGACUCGAGCCCCGUUGUGCUUUCCGAGAACCCCCAAUUGGACGUGGAAAUAGAAACCGAGGUGGACGUCAGCCUGGAGGAGGCUGAGGAAGCGAGAGAGUCUCCUCUCCACAAGCGGCUGAGCAUGAGUCUGAUCACCUGCCGCGAGGGGGAAACCUCGUCGCAGACCUUGGCCGAGGUGCACCAUGACGCCACCUCAUCCCCCGUGCCUGGUGCGGAAGCGGAGCGAGUCGGGGAUGGUGCGGAUCACUCCCUUGCCCUUACUUCGCUCGCCGUCGAGCCGGAGACCCCCGACAAGCCGUCCCUUCCUGCGGAGUCGGAUGGUUCCCCGGCUCAGGAGUCCCCCGCACGGUCUGAGGAAGCGGCGCCGGAGGGCGAAGAAACCGAAGAGCUUCCCGAGGAAUCCGCUUCACCUCCUGCACCAGAGCCGGCGAGUGUCCCCAGCCCCGAGAAGCCGAAGCCGCAGCCCAGCACCGGCAUCCGCUGUCCCACCUUUGACCCCAAGAGCCCCAGUCAGGUGGUGUUCAAGCCGCAGUGGUUGGGGAAAGGUUUUGGCGCCAGCGGGCUAAGAGCUAGAGGAGUGCAGAGGGGAAAAGGUGGCUCCUCUCCUCUUGCUGUCCGCAUGGCCGUGAAGAAAGUUGCCAACGAGAACAAGCGGCGGUCUGGAAAACUGAAUCAGAAAGGUACGGAAGGUCGCUCCCCACUACAGAUGCUUAAGGGAACCAACUCACCCCGGGAACAACGUCCUCAGACAAAGCUGAAGGUGUCCAACCCAGAUAAGCAGAGACUGGGACAGAUUGACCGCAGGGUGCUCGCUGUGUCUUUGGAUAAGGAGAACCGAUGAUUCACUGCAACGUGAACUGAAUCUUGCCUUGUUUUUAUAUCGUUUAAAACACUUUUAUGUGUACAGCUUUCUUUGGUUUUUGUCCCGUGUAUAUAUGUUUUUAUUCUGCCUUUUUUUCUAUCCUGUUUUUACCUUGUAAAUAUAAAUAAAAUUAUUUGCAUUGAUACUACUACUUUAA